CACCUCGCCUCGCCUCGCCUCGCCUGCUACCAUCCCGCAUCUCCCUCGGCGAUCCGCGUUCUUCUUCGUCUUCUCUCACUGCUGAAGUUCGGAAACUAGGGAGAGAUGGAGGCGGAGAGGGUCAAGGACGUGGGCAUCCUCGCCAUGGACAUCUACUUCCCGCCCAACUGCGUGCGCCAGGAAGAACUGGAAACUCAUGAUGGCGUGAGCAAAGGCAAGUACACUAUUGGGCUUGGGCAGGAUAGCAUGGCCUUUUGCACUGAAGUGGAGGAUGUCAUUUCAAUGAGCUUGACAGUGGUGAAGUCCCUCCUGGAAAAUUAUAAGAUCGAUCCAAAGUGCAUUGGACGUUUGGAAGUCGGCAGUGAAACUGUUAUAGACAAGAGCAAGUCUAUAAAGACAUGGCUGAUGCAAAUUUUCGAGGAAUGUGGUAAUACUGAUAUUGAAGGAGUUGACUCCUCAAAUGCGUGCUAUGGUGGAACAGCUGCUUUGUUUAACUGUGUUAAUUGGGUCGAGAGCAACUCAUGGGAUGGGCGUUAUGGACUCGUUGUUUGCACAGACAGCGCGGUUUAUGCUGAAGGGCCAGCUCGUCCUACUGGCGGUGCAGCUGCUAUUGCAAUGUUGAUUGGACCAAAUGCUCCUAUUUCAUUUGAAAGCAAAUAUAGAGGAUCUCAUAUGGCACAUGUUUAUGACUUCUACAAGCCUGAUCUUGCGAGUGAAUAUCCGGUGGUCGAUGGGAAGCUAUCACAGACAUGCUAUCUCGUGGCACUGGAUUCUUGCUACAAAACCUUCUGCAAAAGAUAUGAGAAAAUUGAGGGGAAGCAAUUUUCAAUUGUAGAUGCAGAUUCUUUUGUAUUCCAUUCUCCAUACAACAAGCUUGUACAGAAAAGUUUUGCUCGUUUAUACUACAAUGACUUCUUGAGAAAUUGCAGCAUUGUUGACAAAGACUCAAGAGAAAAGUUGGAACCCUUUUCGAGCCUAUCAUCUGAGGAAAGCUAUCAGAGUCGGGACCUUGAGAAGGUUUGCCAGCAAGUUGCAAAGAACCUGUAUGGUACCAAGGUUCAACCAACAACAUUGAUCCCAAAAGAACUCGGGAAUAUGUACACAGCAUCACUCUAUGCUGCUUUUGCAUCAGUUCUCCAUAACAAACAUGAUUCUCUGGCGGGCCAGAGGAUUGUCAUGUUUUCUUACGGCAGCGGCAUGACGUCGACAAUGUUCUCCCUCAAAAUUAAUGAAGGCCAGCAUCCAUUCAGCCUAUCGAACAUUGCAAGCAUAAUGGAUAUUUCCAACAAAUUGCAGUCUAGGCAUAUCGUCCCACCGGAGCAGUUUGUUGAGGCGCUGAAGCUGGGUGAGCACCGCUACGGUGCGAAGGAUUUCGUCACCAGCCAGGACACAUCCUUGCUCGCCACAGGGACCUACUAUCUCACCCAUGUCGACUCCAUGUACCGAAGGUUCUACGCCGUGAAGGGUGCCGCUGCACCGAUAUCCAACGGCCACUGAUCAACCGUGCCUGGCUGCAAUAAGCGUGCAAACCGCGAAUGCUUUUAGGUUAUCUGGCAGGGAAGGGG